CUCUUCGAGGACAAGAUAACAUCCUUCAGAUUUCGAAGUCAGUCGCCAAAAAUGCUUUAAUUGUUGUCGCACAAUAACUUCUGGCUAUCUUUCCAAAUAAAAUCUCUCCCGUCUUAUAAAGUUAUUACUCAUAUGCUAUAAUUAGUCAUAGACAGCUUGUUAAGUGUGGAAAAUUCCGGAAAUGUAUAUGUACCGAACGUUUUAAAAACAGCCUUUUUUUCAUCGAUCGAUUUAAGGUAUGCACAGUAAAUUGAAAAUUGACAAGAAAUUAACAAUUUCCAAUCCAUAAGCGUUUAUUUUCAAAUGUUUUAAUUAAUUUUAUCGUCUUGAAACUUUUCAUAUGUUUUUUUUGUAAUCGAAUGAAUAAAGACACAUUAGAUUAUCAUUAUUAUCAUUAUCACUAUUUUUAUUAUUAUUAAUUUCACAAUAUUUAUCGCAACUCUUUUGUUUCCUUACCUUCUGUAGCAAUUUCUUAUAUAAAAAAUAUAGAAAAUUAGACGAAUAUCUAGAAAAUUAGACAAGAUUUGAAUAAAGCAGAGAUAAGCUUCUUUCCUGUAUAUCGAUUCCAAUUUCAUGAAGGUUAUGCCUUAGAUUUGCUAGACAAUUUAGCCUUUCCAAGUUCCUCAGUCACGAUAGAUAGAAAACGUAGGUCCGAGCGAUUUCUUUCUCUCCUUGCUCAUCAUGGUUAUGCAAAAUAAGUUUCAUUAAAAGAAAUAUUAAAAAAAAAGAAACGCAUGUGUCGGGAAAUUCUUUUUACCCUGUAAAUAAAUAAUGAAAGCUUCUUUAGCUGAGAUAGGGCCCUUGAUUCUAACCAGUAUUAUUCGUAACAGGAAUAAAUCGGUGAGUUAAGGGGUACAAUCCAAACCCGCGAAAUAAUUUAUUAAUACCAUAUGGAGGCGGAAUUCAACUUAAAUUUUUCACUUUUUUUUCGAUUUUCGAGUUAGCUCUUGAUAUGUUGCAAUAAAUGGCAAAAUUUAAACCGAUGCAGUUUAAAGUUGCAUUAUUUUGUUCAAGAAAGUAUUCUGGUAGCUAAAUAUUUCAUUAUUUUUUUCUUUUGUAGCGUUUUCAUCUAAUUCACAGCCACGAAUGGAGUUCUUGCGGUUACUUAAAAAUUAGGCUUAGAGAUGUAUGAAUGAAAAGUUUAAAUAUAGUCAAACACUAAGGGAAGCAGUUUAGCAGUAAUUCUGACCAUGUUUGAACAGCAGCUAAAAAGGAAAGAAUUAUUUCUCGCUUACUCUUUGUUUUAAAAGAUGUGUCCCUCGCGUUUGGUAAACGGGCUCUCCUUCCUUAACUUGUGUAAUUGAUACAAGGAAGACUCGACAAUUAGUUUUUGCAUAUUCUGUGUCGAUUGAUUAUCUACUCACAAUAUUUGUUCUCCAACCCCCUUGUGCUAAUAUCGUUUUUAUGUUUACUUUUAAUAUGCCAGCUGUGCAAAGAAAUAUUGCGCUAAGUGAUUAGUUUGUUAAGGUCUUUUGACGCUAUUUAGUUAGAACAUCCUUCUAAAAUGAUGGCAAUAACAAAAAUUCCAACCAAAAUAAUUAAAUAAUUGCAGGGAGACCAUUUUUAUUCGCACGCACUCUUCGAUAGGAACUGUCAUCUGCAUCGGGUAGAAAUUCCACCCAAGUGGUAUUAUCGCUUCGGAUUUAUCCGCUCAAUUCAUAAACAUGUUGUAUCAAAGACUGCCAAACAAUGACAAACCAUGAACAAGAAAAUGUAAUAAAAAAAUAAAAAAAAUAACCGAGCGUGUGGGAAUAAUCCAUUGCUUAACAAGAGGGAGGAAGAAGAAGUAAAAUUAAGGGAUGAAGAGAAAGCGAAAGACCUGUGUUUACAUUGUCACCAAUGUUAACUGACAGAAAACAAAUAGGAAUGAGAAAUUCAUACCAAAUUGAACAUCUUCGCUGUCAUAGCAACAUGCGCUUGGUAUACACGGAAGCGAAUUCAGCAAGGCCAUGAUGCUUCAGCGUGCACCAUACGAAAAAUUUUGCACUGAAUUUAGAAUACAAAUCGCACUGUAAACAUUCCAGCCACUAAAAAUUGCAAAUCGAUCGACAAAAGCAUACAGAAUUAGUUAAGGCAGAUCUCUUGUUCUUUUCGUCAAUUCAUUAAUACUUACACAAUCUAUUUUGCUAAUCGCUCUGACGAAGGGCUAACGCUUGAAACGUCAGCUUUUUUACACUUUACGGUGGCCAAUUUACGUUUUAAACUCAGUUGUUAACACCAGAUUACCUGCUAUACUCUCCCACCGACUCAGCACCACAGUUUCUUCAAAAACCUACCCCCUUUAUUAUUUUGCUAAUUGAGUGGAUGGCCCUAUAAUACUCAAAAUUUUGUCAAAAUUCAUACUUUGUGGACUCACUAUGAAUUUCUUUUGUAAUGCUAUAGGUUAUACUUUCUGCCGAAAUUUAAACAAACUUUUAUUAUACAGCUCUUUUCCUUUUUACAAACAGUGGCAUGUUCCUGUAUCACCAUCACUUUUACUUUAAAUAGUGGCGAGUCAUUUAUUUGUGAUUAACGCAAUAUUUGGAAAGACUUUGUUAGACUAUUUCACAGCUUACAACUGUUCAAAUACCACCCUAAUGCUACUGUCGUACUCUAUUGUGUUAAUCACUACUUUGCUGACGACUUUGCAUUGAAAAGCUUUGGUCUUUGUUCCAAGUACCAUUAAAUUUAUUCGCUUUAUCACCCAGUUUACCUGAUGAUAAAAUAAACUUUUCUUGACCAAUGAAUAUUCAAGCUCUCUAAGACAGUCUUUGACAUAUUAAAUUUUUACUCACUUCGUUUUUAUCUUUGGCCUUCUCCCUUGUAAUUCAUGAUGAGUGAUUCUAUUUUAUAACACCUCAGCAAAGAAAUAAAUUUGAACAGCUUACCUUUACAGGACGUUUAGGGCUUUAAGUAAACAAAUUUUUGUUUCAUGAUAUAAAUGUGAGAUGACCUAUCUAUGCUGCAACAUUUACCCUCGCGACAUUCAACUGCUUCAUUUGUUUCCUCUAAUUUCUUCUGCCACCCGAAGGUUCUGGUCAAGUGGGUAACUAAGUUCGAUAAAAUGUUAUUCUGUUUCCUUUCACUGUUUAAAUUUUUUUUUCCUUUUGAGUAUCAAAAUUUGAAUUUUGUCUAUAGAUGCAAUGACGCUCCUGCUUGCUGUACUUGCGUUGUGGUUUUGCCAAGCUACAUCGGAAACACGAAUUCGAUCUGGUGGGUUGCAUAAAUAUUUUAUGUCUGGCGAGCAUUUUCAUUAUUAUUCUUUUUUUUUUGUAGGUCCUUCGAGGUCAGAAAAUAAGGGAGAUAUACAAAUAUUCAAUAUACGAAUACUGCGUCAAGAAUCGGCUAUUUCCAGCAAUCUGUGCGUCGUCUAUCGAUUUUCCACGUAAACGCUUUCGAGGAAAUUAGAUAUCUGAAGUCUAAAAAUAACUAAUAAAUAGCAAAGAUGCCCCUAUCACAAAGUUGACAUUGAAGAACUAAACGAAAUCGAAUCGUAUCUUUUGUAGGUGAAAUAUUUGAACUUACUGGAACAAAACAUUUCUACGAGCCAGGAGGAACUGAAAUUACGCUGA